UCCUGUGCCUCUAUCCUGCCCCACUCUGAUCUAGCCCCUCCAUCCUUCCCUCUCUUCUCUGCCUCCGGCUGGGCACACCCCUUCCCGUGUCACCCCUUCCCGUGUUUUAACCUGCACCCCUCAUCCUAUACCUCCUCUUCUACACCCACAUCCUGCAUCCCCCCAUCCCGUGCCCCCAUCCUGCACCAUGAGCCUGCACGCCCUGAUCUGCACGCCCUGCACCCCUCUCCCCCUCAUCCUGCGCCCCCUGAACCCUGCUCCCCCCUAUCCUGCACCCUGCUCUCAGGUGCUUUCCCAUCCUGCACCCUCCUUCCUUCACUCCCCAUCUGGCAUCCCACCCUCCCCCAGCUACUCCAUCCUGCUCCUGCACCGUGGCACGUCAGCAUCAUCUGGGACGCAUCAGGCAGGACGUGAGGGGUGCACCCGGGAUUGGGGGCCCCUGUGGUUGUGUCCCCCCGCCCCACCUUGUGUUGCACUGGUCCCCCAAGGUCCCCCUGGCCAGGCAGAGCAUUGCCUGGGGAGGGGGACACAGAGGCUGCCCCCUUUGAGGAGCCCAAGCUGGCAGACCAGUGCCACUGUGACUGUGGUGGGACACGUGUCUGGAUGCUCCCUCAGGGAGAAGGACUUGCUUGGCCCCACAGUGCAGACGUGGAGGGAGGUUACGUGGAGGGAGGUUUUGUGGAGGGAGGUUUUGUAAGGCUUCUCCCCAGGGGUGACUCUGCACUGGCCAGAGUGGCUCUGGCAGGGGGCAGUCCCCUGGUCAGGGUCCCAUCCCUGGCCGCCUGCCCCUGAGGGUGCUGUUUUAGUGCUCACCUGGCAGUGCUGAGGGACAGCCUGUCCCAAUCCUUAAUGCCUUUUCCUCUUGCUGCUCUGGCCCAAACCCACUUCAUGGUCAGAUCGUUCAACCACCAACCCCCACCGCCCCAACAACUCCCUCCCCUGAAGCUGCAACCUGAGAGCCCACAAAGCAGCAGGGGCUGGCCCUGGCUGGUGGCAGUGCCGGAGAAGAGCGGCUGUGUGGAUCAAACCCACACCACGUGGAUCCAUCCUGCACCACGUGGAUCACUCCCAGCUGGAUGUGGGGGCCCAGGAGGGGCUGAGCCGUCCCCGUGCCCACCACAGUCAAAUAAGAUCGAGAAAGCGGUGUCUGCUGCCCACACCUUCCUGCAGAAGAACCCCAAGCACGAGAUGACCUUGAGGUACCUGAACUACUACAAGACGAUGCUGGAUGUGGAUGAAUACCUGGUUGACCUGGAGGCUCAGCCCUACGAGCCGAUAUUCGUGCGCUCGGUGAAGCUGUACAACAACGGGGAUUUCCGGAGCAGCGCAGCCGACAUGGAGCAGGCGCUGGCCGAGUACUACAAGGCGUACGAGGACUGCCUGGCCGGCUGUGAGGGCGCCUACGAGCUGCAGGAGUUCAAGGACUUCUACCCCGCCAUCGCAGACCACUUUGUGAGCGUGCUGCAGUGCAAGGUGGACUGCGAGACCGAGCUCACCCCCAACGUGGGCGGCUACUUCGUGGAGAAGUUUGUGGCCACCAUGUACCACUACCUGCAGUUUGCCUACUACAAGUUGAACGACGUGCAGGACGCGGUGCGCAGCGUCUCCAGCUACAUGCUCUUCGACCCGGGCGACACCGUGAUGCAGCAGAACCUGGUCUACUACCGCUUCCACCGCGAGCGCUGGCGCCUGCGGGAGGAGGACUUCGAGCCGCGGCCGGAAGCCGUGCGGUACCACAACCAGACGGCCGCCCAGAAGAAGAUGUUGGAGUUCGCCCGGCAGUUCCUGCAGGCUGAUGACGAGAUGGAGGUGGAUGGUGGUGAAGGACCGGAGGCUCUGGACCUGCCCUCUGACAGCGAGUUCGAGGGCGAAGGAGACUACGAGGAGGGCUUCUUCGCAGAGUGGUGGCAGGAGCCCAAGACCAAAGGGGACAAAGACGACCAAGAGAUCCUGUGAUGAGCCAGGUGGAAGGGCGCCUGGCCCUGACAGAGCUGGACGGUGGUGGCUCUGUGAUGCCAUCCAGGGGACACUGGGCUUCAGGCUCCUGCCAGUCACUGCAUGGACACUCAGGCUCAUGGAGAAGGGCUCAUCCUGCCCAGGGUCCUGCAGCAGGGCUGCCUUUGCUGUCUGGAUGUCUGCUGCCCUGGUACAGCCCAAUUCCUGUCAGUGGAGCAGCCCUGAACCUCCCUGCCUGCCCAGGAGCAUCCCCUGGGCCACCCCUGCCCCCGAUGUCCCCAGGAGCCCUGGCCAACAGCGGUGCCUCACAGCACAGGGAUUUGCUGUAUCCCUCAGCUCCUUCCCUGGAUGUGUGGAUGGUGCAUAGGCAUUGACCCCUGUGUUGUCUGGAGGGGUUUGGGGGCCGCCCCUUGCUCCGGGAGCAAAGCACGAUGCUGCUGGAGCCAGUCCUGCCCCUCCCUGGGGCUCCUGCUCCUGUCCCUCCAGCCUCCCAGGCAAUUUGCCAGUCCCCUGAGCCCGGGUCCCUUUGGAUCCUGGCCCGGUGCUACAGGGGGCUGCUGGUGUGGCACGUCCGGGUGGCACCAUGGGGGCUGUUGGUGCCCGUGCCCUGCUGUGCCUUGAAUUUUUCGCCACACCAGCCCUCUGUAGCCUUAAGCUCUGUUAAUUUAAUAUUUUCCCACUUGGACAGUUGCUCCUUUUUUAAAUAUUUACUGGUGCUGAACUUUUUAAUAAUAAAAUCCGUACCAGUCUUUCCA